CUUUCAACACUGAAGCUGAAAAAGUACGAUCUCUCAGAACCCAUCUUCAAGAUACAGAUUUUGAUACAGGGGAUAAGGAACUGACUGAAGAUUUCCUGAUCCAAAUGUUAUGUGAAAAGAAGGUUCUGGAUGUACGGCACUGGUGUACAAAGAUGGAAGUAGACGCCAAAGGGACCAAAUUAGAGAUGAUCAACAGCUUGAAGGAAAAGUUGAAAAGCAAAUCAACCUUCAACAAGUUAUUUUCAAGCAUAUGGGGCCAUUCUGGUGGAUGGGUAUCAGCGUCCUGCCCCCAUAGAAUAGUGUACGCGUUCAAAGCUAUUCUGAGGCCUGAAAGUGUCAGAGACCAUGUCGACAUAAUUCUAUCUAUGUCAAGACAACCGCCAGUCAUCAUUAGUGACGUAGCCCCAAUGAUGUCACGCCAUGGUAACAAGCGGCGGAAGAACAUGUUCUCGCCCAACGAAGGACGCUUGGGUGAAGCGACUGCAGACAACAUAAAAAAAGCUAAGGAGGGGGUAUUUUCAAAGAGUAUACCUUGCAUGAAGGAAUGGGUGACAGUAGCACCAGUCUCCGACAAUGAAUUGCCAACCUCAAAUGAAACAUGA